GGCGACGAUCCACGCGACACGAGAGAGAGAGAUCCUGUCAUCAUUGGCCUACGGACGUGUAUUUUUAUUUUGAUCAUAAAAAGAUAGUAGUUUUUGUUUUCAUAGGAAAAAGAAGCGAUUCGAUCUUGUACGAGGUGAUUUCGAGUGAUAAUCGUUGCUAGUGAGAGGUUGUGAUGUGACAGAAUGAACGUUGUCCGUUUGAAUUUUCAAAAUGACAAGAAACAGUAUAGACAGAAGGUAACAGUGCCUGAUCUUUGGAGCUUCUGCUGAGAGCGGCGCUGGUUGCUGCGAUCGUUCGGGUGAAGAGCGGAUAGUGCCGACGAAGGAAAGAUGGUGAUCAGCGCCCCGGGCAAGAUGUUUCUGGUAACUUGUCUGCUGUUCGCUCUAUGCGUAUCCCUGUUCUUCGUGGUGGUAUCGAUGAAAAAGAACGAAAAAAUACUCCAACGUGAAAACUUCAUCCGCCGGGGUCAGUCCAGGCAAACCGAAGCCGGUGCCACCAAUCAUUGGUACUUUGUGGUAAGAGACGUGGACAAAAUCAAAGCCAUCUCGGAUGUGCGGAACAUCGAACGAGCAUCACGGAUCGAAAAGACUGCCACCGGAUUCGUGGUGUAUGGUGUGGACUACGAAAUAGUGUUCGAUCGAGUAGCAGUGCCAUCCAGUGAACCGGAGGACUAUGCUUUGGCACUUGUCAAACGGAGACUGUACCGAUGGGAUGCCAAACCCAGGAGCUACGACGACAAAGGUUGAUUUGGUAGAAAAUAAUCAGAACAUGGUGUGGAAGUUACCAGAAAAUGACAUUUGAAAGUGAACCAGUUUUAUCAUAGCGAAUAGUCCUGUGAAUAUGUGAUAGUUUUUUUUUUUAUUAAAUGAGUAGGUAUAAAAUAGCUACUUUGAUACUUAAUGUUUUACAAGCCUAAAGCACCUAAGUGCAUAAACAAUGUUAUUUUAAAGAAAUAAAAUCGGAA